GAAAAAAAAAACUCAUUUUAUUCAUUCUUUUUAAGUUUUAAAACAGUCAAUUCAUUUAUAUCAUCCAUGAUGAAGAAACCCGUUCAGCUCUCGUUCAUUGUUACGAUUAUCUUCACCAUUCUUGUGCUAGGAUACAAUGAUGGAGAACGUGAACAUAUAUUUUAAAUGCAAAGGUCGCAUGUAUAGCUUGAUGAUGAAUACAUGAGGGGGAAAAUAACUCUCUCCAUGUUAGAAGGUAGGAUAUGCACGAAGCUUGGAUUAGAUGAAAGUAAGGUUAAAUUGCAAAUGAGGUACAAUGCAGUGCUGAUGGGACCAACUGAAGAGAUUUACAUUAGUGAUGAUGAGGAUGUAGGUGUCUAUAUAUCUUCAGGUGAAAAUAACCGUAGAUAUGUUUUGAAUGUGGACAUCAUCACUCCACCAGAAUUGCCCGAGCAACUGUCGAGAGCGGAGCUCCUCAAUAAAAGUUCUGUUGGUAAGAACUAUGCGGAAUUGGAUUCAAAUGAGGAUGAAAUGAGAGAUAGUGCUGCCAUCGUUUUGUGCGAAUGCGAUGAACAAGGAACAUAACCAAAUGAGGCAAUAAUGGAGGUUGAUGAUA